AUGGCGUCCACGACAGCAGCACCAUCGACUUCAAAGGCUGCAAGUGGUGCUAAUAGCACCUUCAACGACAAGAGUAAGCCAAUGGAAGUUCGUCUGUCAAAUAUGACGGCUGCGAAAGCAAUCAGCGAUGCCGUUCGCACAUCGCUGGGCCCAAAAGGCAUGGACAAGAUGAUCUCAACUUCGAAAGGAGAGGUCAUUGUAACAAACGAUGGCGCGACAAUUCUGAAGAGCAUUCAGGCGCUUCACCCCGCCGCGAAAAUGCUUGUCGAUCUAUCUGCGGCUCAAGAUAUUGAAGCGGGCGAUGGCACGACCAGCGUCGUUGUUCUUGCAGGAAGUCUCUUGGGUGCAGCUGAGAAGAUGCUCGGCAAAGGAAUCCAUCCAUCGCUCAUUGCGAGUUCCUUCCUCAAGGCUGCUUCGAAAGCCGUCGAGUAUUUGACCCAAAUGUCAACGCCUAUUGACCUAUCAGACAAUGCAAGCCUGCUCCGUGCAGCUACGACCAGUCUCAACUCGAAGAUUGUGUCGCAGUAUUCCUCGACACUUGCCCCCAUUGCCGUCAAGGCCGUCACUCGAAUUUCGUCCUCACAAAGUUCCAAUGUUGACCUCCGUGACAUCAGAAUCGUCAAAAAGGUCGGCGGCACCAUCGAAGACACGACUCUGGUCGAGGGCGUUGUCCUGAAUCAGAAUAUGAUCACAUCGCACGGUAGUCCAACAAGGGUGGAAAAGGCAAAGAUUGGCCUCAUCCAGUUCCAGUUGAGUCCUCCAAAGCCGGAUAUGGAUCACACAAUUAUUGUGAACGACUACCGUCUCAUGGAUAAAAUCAUCAAGGAGGAACGUGCCUAUCUUAUCAAUAUGCUGAAGAAGAUCAAGAAGUCAGGCUGCAACGUUCUUCUCAUCCAAAAGUCGAUUCUUCGCGAUGCUGUGACCAACGAAUCCCUUGCAAUCCUAUCCAAGCUCAAAAUCGCCGUGAUCAAGGAUAUCGAACGGGACGAGGUUGAUUUCCUGUGUAGAAGCCUAGGAUGUAAACCCGUCAGCGAUGUGGACGCUUUCACGGAAGACAAGCUCGGAUAUGCCGAACUGCGUUCGAUAUGCAGCGCCUCUGCUGUGGCGGGUGCGGGUUCAGCCUCUGCUGGUGCAAGCGUCGGUGCUCGAGGUGGAACUGUGAGCAUCCUGGCCAUGGGGAGCAAUCAGCUUGUGCUCGACGAGACGGAGCGCAGCUUGCACGAUGCGCUAUGUGUGGUUCGCUGUCUUGUCAAGAAGCGGGCGUUGAUCGCUGGUGGUGGUGCACCAGAGAUUUAUGUCUCGCGCCUGUUGUCACAAGAUGCCCAUACUCUAACCGGUAUGGAAGCGUAUUGCUUCCAGGCCUAUGCGGAUGCGUUGGAGAUUAUCCCGACGACACUCGCGGAGAAUGCGGGGCUGAACCCAAUUGCAAUCGUCACCGAGUUGCGCAAUCGACAUGCCAAAGGCGAGCGGAAUGCGGGUAUCAACGUUCGAAAGGGCCUCAUCUCUAAUAUCCUGGAAGAGGACGUCGUACAGCCAUUGUUGGUGUCGACUAGUGCCAUCGAGCUUGCAACAGAGACUGUUGCAUUGCUGCUCAAAGUAGAUGAUUACCAUAUGACUCGUUAG